AUGAGCAUGUCAAAUGGCCUGGGAGAUCUAAACAACUCCCAAUCCAAUCUGAUGAAACUGGCCACUCUCAACUCAUCCUUCCAACAACAACAAUCCAUCGACCAAGACAUGGGCACCUUUGAGAAGAAACUUGCCGCCGAAGCCGAAGCCUUCGAGAGAGCCUUGAUCGAGGAAACCUCGCAACCUCUCCGUCGUGCACUCCAACGUUACGAAUUCUAUACGCGCCAAGAGGAACAACGUCAGGAGAGGAAGAGAGAGUUGGGUUCAUUGGUGAAGAGAAAAGAGCGCGGUUUUCAGCAAUAUACUACUACUCAGCAACGGCUAGAGAAAAAAUGUUCCACCUCGAAUCAUCACGAUUACGAUGCCUAUUUGUGUUUGGGUCAAGGAGGACAGUUGGUAGAGAAGAAUUAUUAUGGUCCCUUGUUGGUGUAUAGUAGUAAUAGUAGUGCUUCUAAUAAUUCAUCAUCGGAUGGUCAGGAUGAAGAGGAGAGUUUGAUAUUGAAUAAGAAACACUCUGAUCAUCAUCACCAUCAUGAAAAAUCUGAAGAGACAAUGGAUGAACAUCAUUCGGAUGAUGAUUUGAUUCAUGAAGCUAUUUUGGAGGAACAAAAACACUUGAUUGAAACUUUUACUGCCAUGCAAAAUGGUGAAUUACCAACACCUUCUGGAGUUGCUUCUAAACCUGUCUAUUUGGGUGAGGAUGGUACCUUGUAUAAUUUGUAUUAUGAACCAUUGCCAAAACAAGAUUCAAGCAUGUUGAGAGGUAGAGGAAAAUUUUCACAAAUUGCCUAUGGAUCAAGUGCAAAAUCUUCUGAAGCUGAAAUUGUGGAAGGUAUCAAUAAGGCUAAACAAUUGAAGGAUAAGAAGAAUUUAACAAAUGAAGAGGAAUUAAUUGUUAAAAAGUAUGGUCAAGUUGUCAAUGGUAGUGAAGAGUUGAUUGACAAGUAUGUUAGAAGAGGAAGAAUGCUUGAUCGUUAUGAAUAUCAACAUGAUCCUGAUUUGUACUUGUCAGCACCAGAUCCUGAAAGUUUCACCUCCUUUGAUGAUUAUGAAGAAGCUCUCUUAAACUGGACCAAACAAGUCGAAUCCAAGUUGGGCUAUUUGCAAUUACCUCGUGUAAUGGGCAGACAUUAUUUCCGUCCAGCCGAAAGAUCUGAAAAUAGUGCUGCAGCUGAAAAUGCCAUUGAUCAACGUGCUAGUACUCAUCUCCAUGGCAGUAGACAUAUUUCUGAGAAUCUUACAGCUAUUGCAUUGAAAGGUGGUUUUGAUGAUGACAGUUUAGAUGGUCCUAACACUAUUGGUCACGAAACUUGGGAAGCUCAACUCGUUCCUCUCGAACCAAAACCAGAGUUUUAUGAAACUUUUAAAGAAUAUGAAAUGGCAAUGAUUCGUUGGGCUAUUGUAACUCUCGGAUUACCAUUCCUUCCUCCUCAUGUUGCCCAAUAUCAAACUUUACUCGGUUUGAAAUUAGUCAAUGAACCAACCUUCCAAAUUUCUGGUGUUCAAGUCUCCUCUCAAGACAAUGAAGAAAAGGAAGAUCUUGAAACUAAUAUCAAUGAUGAUGAUAGAUUGGAUGACGAUAAGGUCUCAAUUCGUUAUGAGGUCAAGAAUGAAUGGGAAAAUCUUAAACCAAAUGUUAAACAAGAAAUUACUAAUGGUAUUCAGCAAGUGGUCAAUACCAAAAUGGAAAAUAAGAAAAAGUAUAGAUCCUAUCACAAACCAGUACUUCCUAUUAUACAUGGUACUUUGAAAUCUGAAAGAAAGGCCGUUCAGCUCAAACUCGUAGCAGGUGAAAGAACCAAGCCAGAAAAUGUCAGAAGUUGGAUCGUUUACCAAAGACAAAAAAAGUCUCUCAGUUGUGUUCCAGCUCAACUUACUUUGACUUAUUCUUCAGCCAACGCAUCCGAUAUAGAUCACCAAAUUCCAUUGAGAAGAAAGGAUUUAACUCCUUUGGAUAUUCGUGCCUCUCAAGAUUGUGAAGAGGUAGAAAGAGAUGUCGUGAACUUUGACUCACCAGAGUACGAUCUCGGUGAGAUUGACUUUAAUUUGCUUGCCAAUAAUCCAAAUUACAUGAUGUUCCUUCAAAUUGUACUUGCUAGAAAGGAUAAUGAAAAGAGAUUUGACCACCUCAACAGUUGGUACUUCCCUAAGGAGGAACCUUUCUAUUUGAGUGAAAUGUUUAGUGGUUUGUGCUCUGUUCUUGAUAAGGUUGAACAUCCUUCACAAAUGAAGGUAUCUCACUUUGAAGGCAUUUUCCAAUCUUCUGUCUAUUUGGACGAUUUCCAAAAAUUCUUGAACACUGACUUGAAACUUAGAAUGAGUAUGAUGAAGAAUGGUGUGGAAAUUCCUGUUGAAACUUAUGGUAAACUCAUGUUCUGCUCCACAACCAAACAACACUUUAGUGCCAUACUCAAAUUUUUCCACAAUUCCAACUCUCCUCUCACUCACGUAAAGGUUGCUCACUAUGUCAAGGAAUUCUUCAAGCAAGAAAAUUCCAAGGACAUUAUUUCAGAGUACCUUCAAGAUGAUGAUUAUACUACCUUGCAAUACAUUGCUCGUGCUGUAACACUUUUCGAUGAGGUACCAGUUCAAUUGUACGAAUACUCAGAAUCAACAAGAAAUGCUGUUAUUAACAUUGUCUUGUCUGAUCAAGGUAAAAAGAAGGAAGAUUCCACAUUGAGAAUGGUAGACAAGUUCCUUGUCAACUUGCUCAUGUUGUACUAUACUAACUGCAUUACAGUUUCUCUUGUUGAGGAAGAUAAGGCCUACCCACACGUAUACCCAUUCUUGGUUACUAAACUUGAAAAGUACAUUGAUGAAGUUAACAAGUAUCUCAAGUGCAGCAAGUCCUUCCUUAAAUCCCACAUUUGGAAGAUACUUGGAUCUAGAACCAAAUCUGUUACUGCACUUGGUAAAUUUGUACUUUCCUUCUUAUUCUUCUUGUCAUGGAAGGAUGAUAUCAAGAAUGCUCUCAAAUCAGAAGAUACAGAGCUGCUCAAUAAUAUUAGAAAGCUAGCCUCAAGUACCUUCAGUCACGUCCAAAAUGCAACAGCCAGAUUGUUCCCAUUAUUGAAGGAGUACGAAGACUUGUUGACUAAGGAUUAUAGAGAUGGUAACAGGGUUUUGAGAGAUUUGGACUUGGCAGAGACUAAAUCUGCCAGACAAGCUGUAGUAGACUCUCGUCCUCCACUUGUUGCUUCCAUGGUUCUUGAAUUCUUGAAUGAAUCUCUUACUGUUAGAAAGGAAGAAUUUGGUUCUCAACAAGAUGCCUACUAUCACAUGAUUGUUGGUCUUAUUGAAUCACGUGUUUUCACAUUGGUUCUUGAUGAAGUUCUUGCAACUGUCACCCAAAAGAGAGUUCACCAAGGUACCGUUAUGGGAUCCUUGUUUAUUGCCAAGUUUGCUAAAUUCCUUGUUUGCAAUCAAUUGGUUCCACAAGACAAGACCAGUGAUAACAACCCUACCAAGUGGGGAGCUCUUAAAACAGCCUUCUCAUUGAAGAGAAAGGAGGUUGUUGAAGUCAAACAGGCUCUCUAUUCUGGUUCCAAGGUUGAAAUCAAUAGUGCCAUUCUUCUCUCCAUGUGGGACUUUAUUGGAAAGCCUGACAGAUUGAGAAAGACCUACAGACCUCGUUGUGCCAUGUUGAUUGCCUUCCGUCAUCUUAUCAAGGUACCUGAAAUUUUCAACAUGAUGCCAAGGGAUGCCUUUACCAACUUUUAUACCAAAUUAUUGGAAUUGUGUAAGGAUGAUGUAGAUAUGGAAUUCAACAGAAAUGCAUGGAGAUUAUUCUAUCAACUUAUUAAAUUCCAUGGUGAAGAUGUUAUGAAAGAUAUUGUAAAUCAUAACAUGUCCAGUUUCUUGAAUCUCAUUACCGUUCAAAAGUCCAUCAUUGCUACUAAUGCCCUUCAUUACUUUAACAAGAUUUUCAACUUGCCAAUCGAAAGAACCAUCUCCAACAAGUUGAGCUCUUUUGCCACUCCAGAUCUCCGUUGUGAAAAGGGAUACAAUGUUCCUCAAAAGACCAAUGCUCAAUACAUCAAGACAGUCGAUAUGCUCAUCAACUUUAUUAUCAAUAAGAAUAUGGUGGAGGCUAUCUUUUCCAAUGCAUACAACUUGUGGUCUAAGGACUUUAAGGGUUGGCCAUUCCAAAGUUUAGCCACUCUCUUCUUCACAAUCAACACUCACUCUGCAUGCACUAAACUCCAACAAGCAUUCCAAAAAGCUAAUAUUGGCAAUACAUUGGGUGUUGUUUGUAAAAUGGUUUCUGCACCAGAGGACAGUGGUUAUCAUGACUAUAAGAGAAGAUUUAAUCUUGAUAAGGAUGUCAUGGAUUGGAACAUGAAACACAAACAUUACUUGUAUAUUAAAGCAGAUGAAAAGAAAAUCAACAAGAACAAGAACAUGAUGCAACAACCUAUUAGGAGUAUGGUGAUGAAUAGCAGCCUCAAGAUGAAGCUAGGACUUGUUUUAAUUCUCUCCAUCCUCUUCUUCUCAUGUUCUCUUCAUAACAUGGUAACAUGCUCAAAUAGUAAUCAGGAUUUUAAAAACAUGAAUCAUCAACCAAUUAUUGAUAAUAUAAUCGCGAAUAGUGCUAUUGAACAACAACAACAACAUGAACAAAUAUCAACCAAUAGCAGAUCAUUAAUAGAUUUAAAGGGAUUAUUGAAGAAAACUAAGGGACUUUUAAGACUUCCAUCAAAGAAACACUUUCUCACAAUAGAUUUCAAGUUGCAUUCAAGAUCCAAUGUCAUUGUUAAUUCAAAUGCUAGUGAUAAGAAGGAACCACUCUAUAGAGGAAGAGCUUUAUUGAACUAUCAGGGAAGUAACAAUAGAUUGAGACUUGUUUCGACCUCUUCUUUGCUAAAAAAGACAAUUUAUUAUGAUUCAGACAAGAUGUCAUAUACUGAUCAUGAUUUGUCUGGAGAAAGAGAAGAUGUAAUUGUUCCAACAAGUGAAGUGCCAUUCCACAAGUUUUUCCAAGCUUUACAUGAUGAAAUGAUGAGUGGAAUUGCUCAUUCCAAUUAUAUUCCUGCAAAAGUUCCAAUUUAUGAUGAAGCAAUUGAGAGAUUGUGUCCAAAUUUUAGAAAUUCAAGACAUUUAGUUUAUUUUGGAGAGCAAUAUUAUGUUUUUUGUAUUGGAAGGGAAAGUGUUUCACAUAAGAAUGAGGACGAAACACUCAAUGCAAAUCUUUUGCUUACCAAGUUUAUUAUAGCUCAGGAAUUUAUUGUGGAAAUUUCAAAUAUUCACUCAAGUCUACUUCCAUUAGAUUUCAAUCUCAGUAAAAUGAUUAGAGGAAUUUUCACACAACAAAACGAAGAGGAAAACUUUAAUUUGUUCGUGGAAUCUCCAACCAUUCAAGAAGAAUUGAGAAAAUUCGAUUUGAAAUACAGAAAGAAGAGUCAGUCAGGUUUGAAAGACUUAUUCCCAAAGGAAAGAGCUAUUUUCUCGGAGAGAAGUUAUACUCCAGAUCCAGAUCCAACUCAUUCCCACUUUUUCAGUUCUGUCAGCUGUAAGAUUCCAUAUCUUCGUGGUAAAUUAUGUAAGGAAACUGACAGUUUGGUAGCUAAGGAUGACAGGAAGAUUUGUUUCUUUUUACAUGGAGCUGGUCAAUGGCCAUCUGAUAAGGGAGAACCAACUAGAAAAGAUUAUACAGAUUAUUGGGGUCCAAUGUCUGAUUACACACCUCAAUGCUCUGAAAGAUGGUACAUUAGAGAGGAAACCAAAUACAGAGGAUGGGACAAUCGUGAACUUCAACAAAGUUUUUGUGAUUUCCUCCUCUUGAAACAUCUCCCACAACUGGCCAAUAGCACUGCUGACAGAACUGUCAAGAAUGCCAUCAUUUAUGCUCAUUCAAUGGGUAAUUUAAUUCUUGCAGGAGCCAUCAAGAAUGGAAUUUGUAAUUUGGAAAAGGAAACCAUCUCCUGGUACAAUAUUCAGGGACCAAUGAAGGGAAGUAAGGCAGCUCACAUGUUACAAGAUUUGUGUGCCAAUAGAGUUUCAGUGCUUACCCCUGGAAUUGCCAAGACCAUUGCUGCUAAGGGUGGUUACUGUCUCUCUAAGGAAAGUGAAACUCUAUUCCCAACCUAUGAAUCCUUAAAGAUUGAUUAUCCAGGAAUUGAUCAAUUGGGUGAAAUUGCUGCUCCAUAUAUUAAGGGACACAUGUGUGGUACGAGCCCAUCUGGAUUGAAUACAAUCUAUGCUCCUGCUCUUUCAUUCCUGAGUAAUUUGGUCAAGUAUGGAGAAGCAAAUGAUGGAAUGGUUACAAUUAGUUCAUGUCGAUUGGCUCCUUUGGAAUCAUUCACUUCAAAUCACUAUACUCAGAAUUAUAUGGUUGAAGCAAAUCAUGCUGAUGGUACAUGUCAAUCUGGUGAUGCUUGGUUUGGUUCUGUAAAGCCAUGUUCAUAUUAUCUUUUGAAGAAAUAA